AUGUGCAAAGGACUCUCUCAGCUGCCAGCGACAUGUCUGAAAGGAGCUAAAGACAUCAAGCACAAAAUCAGCCACUUACUGCAGAAGCCGGAGCCCCACAGCGCGGAGCCGAAGCAGAACAAGGACAAGAGCACAGCGGGGAAGAGGAGUCCCACUGCAGUGGAAGUGGAGAAGUGGAAGGAGUCUUUCAGCAAUCUGAUAAAAUCGGACGUGGGACGUGCGGUCUUUGCUUCUUUCCUGCGGUCAGAGUUUAGUGAGGAGAAUCUGAAGUUCUGGGAGGCGUGUGAGGAGUUCAAGAAUAGCCCUGUGUCUCAGCUGCAGAGUCGUGCCGCAAACAUCUAUCAGCAGUUUAUCCGAGCCGACGCCGUCUACGAGGUGAAUCUGGAAGCGGCCGUACGAGAACUAACCAAAGAGAACGUGGAGCAGGCAUGCCCCACGUGCUUCGACGAGGCCCAGAGGAGGAUCUACCUGCUGAUGGAGAAGGACUCCUACAGACGCUUUCUGCACUGCCCCCUGCUGCAGGAGCUGAGCCACACUGCCCCUUCAGGUGGGGAGGGGCAGGGCACUGGGGCAAGAGGGGCUUAG